UAAUCCCUCUCAUUGUCCAGUCCCCACCCCCUCCCCUCUCUCCUGCAAGGCUGCACCGGCGCACCAGUGCACCACCCACUCGGUCUCUCCUCUCAACGCCCCCAUCCCCGGGCCCCUCCGCACGCGGCACGCCACCGGCGUCGAAGAGGACGAGGCCCUCUCCUCCUGCGCAAGCCCAGGACGCGACCCUCCACGGCAUUCUCGUCUGCGUGCUGCUCCCCCGCGGCGGCGGCUUCGGCUUCCCCGGCGGGCCCGACGAAAAGGACACCGGCCCUCCGCCGCAUGCUCGACGGCCGAGCCACGCCGGUCGCCGCUCUCGCGGACGUUGAUGCUGCAGAACACAUUUUCAAGAGCAGAGCAAUGGCAGAUGGAGGGCUGUUGCACCUGUGGAGCAACUGGGGGAUACAAAUCAUGGUCGUUGCAAGCUUUGUGCUGCAAGUGUUGCUCCUUGCCUGUGGAGGAACCCGGCGGCAUAGCUCCUCUACCAUGCUGAGGAUUAUCCUCUGGCUGGCGUACCUGUCAGCAGACUCGACGGCGAUAUACACACUGGGACACUUAUCGGUCGCCAGCAGCUCUCGGGAGCACCUACUGGUGGCAUUCUGGGCGCCAUUCCUGCUGCUGCACCUCGGCGGCCCGGACAACAUCACCGCCUAUGCGCUGGAGGACAACAGGCUAUGGCUGCGCCACCUGCAGACCCUCGCUGUGCAGGUGCUGGGAGCCGCUUAUGUCAUCUACAAGUUCAUCUUUAGUAGCCGCAGCCAUGACGGCACCUUGCUCCUUCUUGCUGCUUCCAUCUCCAUGUUUGCUGCCGGUCUUGCCAAGUAUGGCGAGAGGGUAUGGGCACUCAAGUGUGGCAACAUCAGCAGCAUCACCAGCAGCUUCGACAAGUCAGAUGGCAAGGUUAGGGUUCCGGAGCCAUUGAACCAUCUCCCGAGGGAUGGAGGGGAAAUUGGUAAAGAGAAAAUCCUGCUUGGAGCUCAUACACAUUUUGAUAUCUGCAAGGGUGCCUUCACAGAUGCCACAAUGAAAGUACAUGAUUCCACAGGAUCUAAUACAGUUCCUUCAGAAUCUAUGAUCGCUGACCUAUACAAGUUGGUGGAGAUGGAGCUGUCUCUGAUGUAUGACAUCCUGUACACCAAGGCAGCUGUGAUCCACACAUGGUAUGGCAUCUGCAUCCACUGCAUUUCUCUGCUUGGUACAGUUGCCGCGUUCCUGCUGUUUCAACUCAGCAUCGGCAGCAGCGGAGAUGGGUACAGCAGGGUAGAUGUGGUUAUCAGCUAUGUUUUGCUGGCUGGAGCUUUGGUCCUGGAGGCCAUGUCACUGUGCAAGGCCAUCCUAUCCACCUGGACAUGCUCUUUCUUGUACAGGAUUGGAUCGAAGAGGCUGGCUGAUGCCAUCACUUACCUUCGAUGGCGUGUGCGCUGGCCGGCAAGGAGGAGACUCUGGUCAGGUUCCAUUGGGCAGUAUAACUUGUUAGAUAUGUCAGUCAGUGACAGGAAAGGGAUAAUGUGCUGGCUGGCAAAGAAGCUGGGGCUCCAGCACUGGUGGCACGAGCUGCGUUUUUCGGGUACUUUCUCGGGCAACGAGUUUUGCUCAGUGGAGGACCUCAAGGUGUUGGUGUGGAGGGAAAUGGUGACAAGGGAUACAGGAGUGAACUCAAGGGGUAGCGCUGCACUGCAAAGGAACAACUGUGCCAGAUAUAACUGGAGUGUCAAUGACAUGGACUUGGACAGGAGCAUCCUUGUGUGGCACAUUGUAACUGAUUUGGUCAUACGGCUCCCCAGGGGUGAAGAAAAGGUCAACAAAAGGCUUGCCGAGGUUACCAAGCUGCUGUCUAAUUAUAUGAUGUUCCUUCUGGUGGUAAAACCAGACAUGCUGCCUGGCCGUUCGCGCCGCAAUUUAUACCUCAGUGCUUGCAACGAAUUGAACUGCCAUUGGAGUGACUGCUCAAAGGCAUGGAGUCCGUGGGAGGAAGCUGAGUCAUGGCGACAGGCAGAUACGCUUGCCGAUUGGUUAUUAGGGGAUUUGUAUCACAACCUGCAAAAGGAUGACCGAUCCGAGAAAAUUGAUAUUGAGGGCCAUGUAGAAGAAGCACCUGAGCAUGCAAAGGAUGUUUAUAACGCGAUAUGGAUCUAUGAAAGCCUUCGGACCAGCCCCCGUGAUAAAGCUACAUGGUUGGAAAUAAUCUUCCAGCUGUGGGUGGAAAUGAUAAUGCAUGUCGCGGAGCACUGCAGCCGAGAUUGUCAUGCCAGGCAGCUUAGUCAUGGUGGCGAGUUCAUUACUAUCAUGUGGCUUAUGGUGCCCCACCUUAACUACUACUCCCUCCAUUCUCGAAUAUAGCCACUUCUAAAUAUUCUCAGGCAGAUUAACAAAAGGAGAAAAUUCCUUAUAGGACACUAAAAAAGCUUGUUCCCAAUUUAGCACUCAAAGUUCAAAUCUUCCUUGUAUAGCCUCGUGUAAAAUUUUUGUUCCCAAACUAACACUUCCAUCACUUUGGGCAUCUUCUAUUAUGAACUGUCAUGUGGGCCACAUGUAAAAAGCUGAAAA